AUGGUCGCGCGUGUCACCGUAGUAGACUACCGUGGAAACAUCCUACUGGACUCACUCGUACGCCCUACACAACCCGUCAGUGACCACAGAACAGCCGAGACUGGGUUGCAACAGGCUGCGCUCGCAUCAGCACCGACAUUUAUCGACGUGCAGAGACAAGUUGUUAUGUUGAUACGGGACAAAAUUAUCAUAGGCUACGCCCUCUGGCAGUUCCUCUCGGUCAUGGGCUUGUCGCAUCCCGCUAUAGACACCCGAGAUAUCGCUCUCUUCAUGCCCUUUCGCCGAAGUCUCAGAUCCAGGCCAAACAUCAUGAUACCACUGAUGACACUUGUCAAUCGAUUCAUGGGGAGACACAUCGGUUUACAAGGCGAGGUCCCAGUCGAGAACGCACGAGCGGCGCUGGACCUCUUUCGUUCGUGCGAGCAUAUUUGGGAAGAAAUCAUAGAAGCAGGAGCGUGGCCCUGUGUCCUACCUCCUGCCGCCUACGCAAAUGCCUUCACGUAG